AUCCAUCAAAUCCCAAACCAUUCUUGUUUUCUAAGCUCUCAGAAUCCAUUUUUCACCAUAACUUUAGUUUGAAGAACCAAGUUUGAAAAUCAUGGCCAUCCGAUUUCAGAGGAUUAUCCCUUCCAAGCAGAUCCUGAGGCGCAUUCUUCCUUCUCCAGAUUCCACAAAUGUGCCCAAAGGCCAUGUUCCUGUCUAUGUUGGAGAAACUGAGAAGAAGAGAUUUGUGAUUCCAAUUUCAUACUUGAAGCAUCCUUCAUUCCAGAACUUGCUAAGUCAAGCUGAGGAAGAGUUCGGGUUUGAUCAUCCACUUGGUGCUCUUACAAUCCCAUGCAGAGAAGAAGCCUUCAUUGAUCUAGCUUUCAGUAUGAAUUGCUCAUGAGCAAUAGGCAAAAUCUAAAGACAACCGGCCUGGAGGACUUCGAAUCUCUAACAACACUGACUCCAAAAACUAAUCCCAGAAAUUUUGCACCAUUGAGAAAUAGGUCUUUUUGUACUGAGAACAAUGUACAUUUCUUGUAUUUUUCUGUAAAGCAAGUGGACAGUCAAAUGUCUUCAUAUUAAUUGAAUAGCUUUACUUUUCCUCA